CACAGGGAAAUCCUCAAGCAGGACGAAGCCAGAGUGAGGGCAAUCCAGUCCAAGCUUUCCAAGACACAGCUCCGCCAAGAAGAAGCAAAAGUAGCAGAGACUUCGAAGAUGGGGUCAGAAGGGACUCGGCUUCCGGCCAAGUCCGGCCGCCUUCUUGGAACCGGCGACUACUUCGCCACGGUGGGGCUGGGAACCCCCAAAAGAGAUCUGUCUCUCGCCUUUGACACAGGCAGUGACCUAACUUGGACUCAGUGUAAGCCCUGUGCCGGUUCUUGCUAUCCCCAGAAGGAACCAAUCUUCGACCCUUCUAAAUCUUCUUCUUAUUCGAACAUCUCUUGUUCUUCUUCUCAGUGUUCCCUCCUCGUCUCUGCCACAGGAAUUAAGCCAGCAUGUUCUGCAUCAACCAGAGCUUGCAUAUACGGUAUUGAAUAUGGUGAUGGAUCCCUCUCCAUCGGCUACUUCGCUAAGGAAAAACUAACCGUAUCUCCUACCGACGUCUUCGACCAGUUCCUCUUCGGCUGCGGCCAGAGAAACAAAGGUCUAUUCCGGGGCAUUGCCGGAUUGCUAGGCCUCGGUCGCAACGCCCUCUCCUUCGUCGAACAAACCGCCGAAAAGUACCAGAAAAGGUUUUCCUAUUGCCUCCCCUCCAGCCCCAGUACUGUUGGUUUUAUCGCCUUCGGCGGGAGAUUUUCUUUCCGGAACGUCAAGUUCACUCCGUUGUCUACUAUCUCCCGGGUUUCCAACUUUUACGGCCUUGACUUCACCGGAAUAACCGUCGCUGGUAUCAAUCUCGCGAUCUCCCCCUCCGUGUUCUCCUCCGGCACGAUCAUUGACUCCGGCACUGUCAUCACCCGGCUCCCUCCGGCGGCGUAUGGUCCCCUGAGAGACGAGUUCCGGAGACAGAUGUCGAGGUACCCGAAGGCUGAUCCGUUUUCAAUACUGGACACGUGCUAUAAUCUGAAGGGGUACGAAGUUGUUUACAUUCCGACGAUAUCGUUGUCGUUCGCCGGUGGGGUGAACGUGAAGUUGGACGUAACCGGAGUUUUUUUUGUGGUGAGUGUAGAACAGGUUUGUUUGGCGUUUGUAGCGAAUGCGGAUGGAGGAGACGUGGGUACCAUUGGAAAUACACAGCAGAAAACAGUGGAAGUAGUGUACGAUGUUGGUGGUAAAAGGGUUGGAUUUAGACCUCGCGGUUGCAAAUGAUGUUUUCUGCACUGAAGUAAAAAUGUUA